AUGCUGUGGUCUACUCAAGAUGGGGAAAUGGCAGUGAUAAUUGGAACGAUGCUGGUUGUGGCUGGAGUUCGAGUUACACCAGUUGGUAUGAGCGGGGUUGGACGGGAAAUCAAUGGCGGAGAUGAAGUAGACAUUUUUGCGGGUGGUGGCGGGGGCGGGGACGCAGGCGGAGUAGGGGAUGAAUGCGAUGAAGAUGAAGUAGAUGUCUUUGGUGGCGGUGGAGGUGGGAAUGCAGGAGGAGGGGACGAGCGAGGCGGAGGUGAGGCAGAUGAGCGGGAACUCCAGUCAUUUUGA